UGCCCAAAUCCACAAUCAAAACAACCUAAGUAAAAUGGCAGGAACAUGUGUCAAAGAAUACAAUUGUUUGAUGAUUUAUAAUCAUGCAAGGUCACGUCUCGCGACAUCAGACGACACCGAUCUGUCUCUUCGCGUCGUUAAAAAUGCGGACGAUCGUCUUACACAGUGGGGCUACCGCAAGAACCAUUACCAUGACAGGGACUGCAUUCCAGGGAGAAAUGUAUUCACCGAACUUUUCAGGGUCGUUGAUUCAUCACAGUUUGUUUUGAUAUUUCUAACGAAAGGAUUUCUCGAAAACUGUUGGGUCCGUUAUUGCCAAAUGGCUACUUUUAAAAAACUGAUCGAUGAAUCUACCCGUCCUGAAUGCAUAGCUUCCCAUCGUGUUAUUCCAGUGCUUAUAAAUGUGUCGGCAGAACAAAUCCCACAGGAAUUGGGACAGCUUACCUGCAUCUGUUUCGUGAAUGACUGGGAGAGUAAUGAUGGGGAAUGGCUGAAGCUGAAAAGAGCAUUAGAUGGUCCGUCUGUGCAGGAGUCUGCACAAAAUAAUGAUGAUCCAGUGGUAACGUUAGCCUCCCAGCACAUGACACAGGGUAUUUUGGAAUCUGAAAAUAUGAAUGCUUCUUCAAUGCCCAACAGGGCAGUAAGGGUCCCAGUCAAUGGCAGCCUGUCUUCAUUAAAUUCCUCCUCAUUAGCUAGAGUUGCUCCAAGCAGUAGAGACACAUCAGCAAGGUUGAGAAACCCAAAUCCAUCUCUUUCAGAUGGCAAUGGAAGUACAUUGUUUACUGGAGAUAGUCUUGACAGCAGUCUUUUAUUUUCCUCUCGAAGGGACAGUUCAAAUCCUACUAACCAAUCAUCAUCAUCCUUGGGGUUAAACUCAUCUCAGCCAGGCAGCAAUAUGUCUCGUUAUUCAGGGUCAAACUCAUCGCAGCCAGGCAGCAAUUUGUCUCAUUCUCCAUCAUUACAGCGACCAAGCCAAAUGGAAUCAAGUACCACAUCUUAUGAAGAGGAAGUCACACUAUCUGGAUCCAGGUCCCAGUUGAGAGAUCCAGAAGCAACCAGAGCCAGACUAAGCGAGAUGAAUCGCCCCAUCACCCACACCAGCAGCGUAAUAGGCAGUGAUACGAGUAUGGACGGUGUUGUUUCAGUGGAUGAAAAUGAGACAUCCGUGAAAGAAGUCAUCCGGCAGUUUCCUCGAGAACCACCUUUACAUUUGCAAUCCUCUGACUUGGAAGCGGAUGCCCAACAAUCCACGAGUCCAGUAGUAGCAUCAGUCUCCCCAUUUAUUGCCCAUUCACAGAGUGGAUUUUCCUUGUCAAGUUAUACGAGUGGAGUCAGUGAUUCUGGUAUUGAAGAUGAAAGCCAACUUAAUGGACCAGAGGCAGAAUCCUUGAGUCUGAAUUCUUUUUUGGAAGAUUCUACUGAACAAGAGUGUCUAAACUCAGACGAUGUAAAUUCUCACUCGGCUGUACGGAGAGAAGAAUUUGAUACUUCUGUUAUACAUGGAUCAGAGGAGAGAGAAAGUCGUCCUUCAAUAUUUGCCCAGUUCCUUUACCUCUCGCUUCAUGCAGCUUUACAACCAGAGAAAACGUACCAACCCUUAUAGCAGUGUGGGUCAGUUUUUAAAAGCUCUGAACAGUCAAGUAAAAAGAACCAUACACAUCAUUCUGAUUAUUGCCUCUUCUACUGAAGUUGGAUUUUAUGUUUUCACAAAUGUUUCCCACAUUAACCAGGAGACUCCCAGAAUUGAGCAUCCCCAAAACAUCUCCAGGCAGGAGACACAAAAUUAUCUCCAGGCAGGAGACACAAAAAUAUCUCCAGGUGGGAGACACAAAAAUAUCUCCAGGCAGUAGGAAUAAAUGACCUGGAUUUUCUGUCAAAGACCAUAACUUUUACUAUGAAAAUUAUCAUCAAAAAUGUAUACAUGUACUGUUUGAUAAGAGAUCAAAGUCCCAUGAUAUUUAAAAAAUUGCAUGCAUUGGUGAUCAGCUGAUCAGUGACUGUUCUUGGUGAUAUUGUUUAUACCGGUGAUUUUUAGUUUCUGAUAUACUCUGUGAUUUGAGUAGGCUUAAUGUUACAUUUUGAUACUGGCCUCAGAAUAUAGAUAUGAGUGAUGCAACACACCUGUAUCAUAGCUUGUAUUACCAGCUCGUUACUGGCGAUGUAUUACCAGCUCAUUACUGGUGAUGUAUUACCAGCUCGUUACUGAUGAUGUAUUACUAGCUUGUUACGGGCGGUGUAUUACCAGCUCGUUACUGACGAUGUGUUACCAGCUCGUUACUGAUGAUGUAUUACCAGCUUGUUACUGAUGAUGUAUUACCAGCUCGUUACUGAAUGUAUUAACAGCUCGUUACUGACAAUGUAUUGCCAGCUCAUUACUGAUGAUGUAUUACCAGCUCAUUACUGAUGAUGUAUCACCAGCUCGUUACUGGCGAUGUAUUACCAGCUCGUUACUGACGAUGUAAUUGGUUUUUACAUGUGAUUAUGCAGAAUACUUCAAUGAAUUGGUCAUAAAGAACAUUUAGGAUACAGUUUAAGAUAUAUCGUAGUCAUAACUAAAAGAAAUCAUAUUUAGUUAUGAAAAAGAAUGACAAUAUAUGUUGUAUGAAAAUAGCUAUUAGUAAGAUCAAGUAUUAUUUUCCAUUAAAUUAAAUAAAAAGAAGGGAGGUAAAUUGACUGUUCUUUUCUUCAGCAUAUGAUCCUGGGCUGCAUUACAUGCAUUUAUUUUUACUCAUGCUUGUCUGCCUAUAUGGUUUCUUAAGAGAGUUUAACCUGGGCAGAAAUCUUUGUUGGUGAGACUGCUUGUCUUUGUAAAGAAUAAACAAGAUUCUGAUGUUGAAUUCAGCUGUUCCAUUGACAACCAGAGUAUUUUACAGAGCUGUCAGCCCUAGUAUUAGAAGAGGUUGUAUCAUUGUUUGGUGCUGGUCACGUUGCAUGUUGAUAAUGAUUUAUUUGUUCCUUUAAGUUAAAAUUGUGUUUUAUUGGAUACAUAUACCAUUAGACAGCUCAGGUUUAAGAUCGAUCAUGUGACAGAAUAGUUACAAUAUUCCUUUUAGUGGGAAACAUUUUCGGUUUUAGAGGCGGUAGUCAACAAAUGGCUGUCUCUGGAGCUGGAAUUCGGGUAGACAAGUUUUCUAUAUAUGUAAUUUCUUGAUGGACACAUCCAACUUGUUUUUUUGUUAUGAAUGUGUUGAUUACGCUUCAUUCCUCUCUCCGGCGAUGUGUGACUGUGUAUACUGUAUUUUAUCUCGUUGAAAUGGACACCAUACCAAAUACAUUAGAAUUAUUUGUUUUAACACUUCCUGAUAAAUGUUGAACUGCUGUGAUAAGAUGUUAUUUAAUUACUCAUGAUGUUCAUAGUUAGUCAUGCUGAGAGGGAAUGGUUGUUAGGGACCAUGUACAUCUAAUUGAGAAUUAUAAAUGUUGAAUUAUUUUUUUUAUGAUGUUCAUAGUUAGUCAUGCUGAGAGGGAGUGGUUGUUAGAGACCAUGUACAUCUAAUGAGAAUUAUAAAUGCUGAACUCUAUUUUAAGAUGUUCAUAACUUAGUCCUGAGGAUGGAUGAUUGUUGGAAAUCAUGUUAUUGUACAUGUAGUAUUACAACCAAAAUUAACACAAUACCAAAUGCAGUUUUGUAUUAAAAAUAUUUGUUUUUAUUUUCUUGUGGAAAAUUGGACUGCUUUAUUAAAAAUUUACUUCAUUUCUCGUGCUGAGAGUAAAUAGUUUUUGAAGACCGUUUAGAUUUAAUUGAGAAUUAUAAAUGUUGGAUUGCUUUAUUAACAAUUCACUUCAUUUCUCGUGCUGAAAUUGAAUGGAGUUUGGAAACUGUGUAAAUUUAAUUGAGAAUUAUGACAUGAUCUGCAUGCUCCUGGCAUGUAGUUUUUCCCCAGUAAAUAGACAUUUUGUAAAUCAUAGUAUGAUGUCUGUCACUGUGGCGAAAGACUUUGCAACUUUUGCAAUAUUUACGAGCAUUAUUUUUAUUACAGUAUUGUUGCUAAUAUUUUUGAGUUUGUAUUUGUUUUUCAAAAAAUGUUCAAAGUUCCAUUACUUAAGUUUAAUGCAGUUCAACACUGGAUUUAUGUUGCCUCAUUAUACAGCAGACCGUCAUGGAGAGGACUUAUAUAGGCAGUGCCUGCUGUCCAGUCCUAUUGUGAAUUUUCAUAAUAAAAUACUGUUUAAAUUAAUACAACAGACUGAUCAAGAAUUGUGACAUGUUUGUCUUUCAUUUAUAACUUUGCAGGAGUGCAAUGUUGGAUGACUUUUUGUACAAGGUACUUUUUGUAAUAAAAUAUUUCAUAUGGAAAUAAAAUCCGAUUUGAACAUCA